AUGUCCUCGUUACUUACCCCUUACCUUCCUUUCGUUAGGUCAAUGACGACGCACGGAAUCAUUUCCACGUGGUCCGUUUCGUCUUACAAAACCUCUGGAUCUCUGCUUUGUCCGCUUUCUCCUCGACUCUCGGACAUCGGUCAUCUUCCAUACAUCUCCAAUGACAGCGGAUAUGGCGAGGAAACCAUCGGCUUUUCAUAUGGACAGCUUGUCAAUGCCGUUGGAGUGGAAAGAAGCUCAAUUGAUAAUGCCCAAUCUUUGGUUGGGACCAUUUCAAGCAUCUACAAAUCUGGGGAAAAUGACAAGUAUGGGAAUAACACAUCUCAAGUUGGAUUACAUUACCUGACUUCCCAUAAGCCAGGCCUCAGUCAGUCUCAAGGGCCACGGGGUGCAGUAGACUUGAGCUGGUUAAAAAUAUAUGUCUAUGUUUGA